AUGAAGAACAUUUGCUGGCUUAUUCUGAAACUUGUCAAUGUUGCGACUCUUGGCCACAUAUGGAUUUCUGUGGUACAGUGUACGGUUUUACACAGCUGCCUGAAGUCAUGUGUAACUAACCUGGGCCGGCAGCUUGACAUUGGCACACCAUAUAAUCUGAGUGAAACUUGCAUCCAGGGAUGUCAUUUUUGGAACUCUGUAGAUGAGGAAAACUGUGCUUUAAAGUGUAGAGAAUCAUGUGAGGUCGGCUGCAGGAGUGCUGAAGGUGCAUUUGAGGAGGAAGUGCUAGAAAAUGCUGAUUUCCCCACUGCACCCUUUGCUUCUUCUAUUGGAAGCCAUGGUGUGACCUUACGAUGGAAAUCUGCCAACAUCUCUAGAGUAAAAUACAUCAUUCAGUGGAAAUAUGCACAACUUCCUGGAAGCUGGACUUAUACUGAGGCCAUGUCCAAGCUCUCAUAUGUGGUACAGCCCCUGCAUCCCUUCACUGAGUAUAUUUUUCGAGUGGUCUGGAUCUUCACAGCCCAGCUCCAGCUGUAUUCUCUGCCAAGUCCCAGUUACAGGACUCAGCCUUAUGGAGUUCCUGAGACUGCUCCUUCCAUUAGAAAUAUUGAGAGCUCGAGUCCCGACACCGUGGAAGUCAGUUGGGCUCCACCCCAAUUCCCAGGAGGACCUAUUUUGGGUUAUAACUUAAGACUGAUCAGCAAAAAUCAACAAUUAGAUUCAGGGACACAGAGAACCAGUUUCCAGUUUUACUCCACUCUGCCAAAUACCACCUACAGGUUUUCCAUUGCAGCAGUAAAUGAAGUUGGUGAGGGGCCAGAAGCAGAAUCUAGUAUUACCACUUUAUCCUCAGCAGUUCAAGAAGAGGAACAGUGGCUCUUUUUAUCCAGAAAAGCUUCUCUAAGAAAGAGGUCUUUAAAACAUUUAGUAGAUGAAGCGCAUUGCCUUCAGUCAGAUGCUAUACACCAUAAUAUUACAGGAAUAUCAGUUAAUGUCCACCAGCAAGUCGUUUAUUUCUCGGAAGGGACUCUCAUAUGGAUGAAAGAGGCUGCCGACAUGUCUGAUGUGUCUGACCUGAGAGUUUUUUACAAAGGUUCAAGAUUAAUUUCUUCCAUCUCUGUAGACUGGCUUUAUCAGAGAAUGUAUUUCAUCAUGGAUGAACUGGUGUAUGUCUGUGAUUUAGGAAACUGCUCGAACAUUGAGGAAAUUACUCCUCCCUCAAUUACCGCACCUCAGAAAAUUGUGGCUGAUUCGUACAAUGGGUAUGUCUUUUAUCUCCUGAAAGACGGCAUUUAUAGAGUAGAUCUCCCCGUGCCAUCUGGUCGGGACUCAGAAGCCCUACAUAUUGUGGAGAGUUGCACAUUAAAGGACUUUGCCGUGAAGCCACAGUCCAAACGAAUUAUUUACUUCAAUGACACCGCUCAUGUCUUCAUGUCAACAUUUCUGGACGGCUCUGCUUCCCAUCUUGUCCUAGCUCAUGUCUCCUUUGCUGAUGUGAAGAGCUUUGCUUGUGAAAACAACGACUUCCUUGUCACAGAUGGCAAGGCCGUUUUCCAGCAGGACUCUCUGUCUUUUAAUGAGUUCAUCGUGGGAUGUGACCUGAGUCACAUAAAAGAGUUUGGAUUUGGUAACCUGGUCAUCCUCAGCUCCUACGCUCAGCCGUACCCCCUGCCAGGCCGCCCACAGCAGCUCUCCGUGCUCUUUGGCUCCCACCAGGCCCUGGUUCAGUGGAAGCCCCCUGCCUUCGCCAUCGGAGCCAAUGAAUUCACUGACAACCUUUUGUUUGCCCUUGCCUGUCUCAUCUUGGUGAGUAAUAUGGUUUAACUCUUCUGACUAGGCCCUUCUGCCUGGCAGAACUGGAUUUAUGAGGUAAAAGUAUCAACCCAAGACUUUCCUGAAAUCACUCACGUUUUCUCGAACAUCAGUGGGACCGUGCUUCAUGUGUCUGAGCUGCAGAGUGCUACAAAAUACAAGAUUUCUGUGAGAGCCAGUUCUCCCAAGGGGCCAGGCCCUUGGUCAGAGCCUUCGGUGGGUACUACCCUGGUGCCAGCUUCAGAACCACCAUUUAUCAUGGCUGUGAAAGAAGAUGGUCUUUGGAGUAAGCCAUUGAAUAGCUUUGGCCCAGGAAAAUUCUUAUCCUCUGAUAUAGGAAAUGUGUCAGACAUGGAUUGGUAUAACAACAGCCUCUACUACAGCGACAUGAAAGGUGAUGUUUACGUGUGGCUGCUGAAUGGGACGGAUAUCUCAGAAAAUUAUCACAUAUCCAACAUUGCAGGAGCAGGGGCUUUAGCUUUUGAUUGGCUGGGUCAAUUUCUCUACUGGACUGGAAAGACAUAUCUGAUACAAAGGCAGUCUCUGUUGACAGGGCACACAGACAUUGUGACUCAUGUGAAGUUGUUGGUGAAUGACAUGGUGGUGGAUUCAAUUGGAGGUUAUCUCUAUUGGACUACACUAUACUCAGUGGAAAGCACCAGGCUAAAUGGAGAAAGUUCCCUGGUACUACAGGCACAGCCUUGGAUUUCUGGGAAAAAGGUAAUUGCUUUAACUUUAGACCUUAGCGAUGGGCUCCUGUAUUGGUUGGUUCAAGACAGUCAAUGUAUUCACCUGUACGCAGCUGUUCUUCGGGGGCAGAGCUCUGAGGAGACCAACAUCACAGAAUUUGCAGCCUGGAGUACUUCGGAAAUUUCCCAGAAUACACUGAUGUACUAUAGUGGUCGACUCUUCUGGAUCAAUGGCUUUAGGAUUAUCACAGCUCAGGAAAUAAGUCAGAGAGCCAGUGUCUCUGUUUUGGAACCAGCCAAAUUUAAUCAGUUCACAAUUAUUCAGACGUCCCUCAAGCCUCUGCCAGGCAACUUUUCCGUUACCCCCAAGGUCAUCCCAGAUUCUGUUCAAAAGUCUUCAUUUAGAAUCGAAGGGAAUGCUUCAAGUUUUCAAAUCUUGUGGAAUGCUCCCCCUGCAGUGGAUUGGGGUGUAAUUUUCUACAGUGUGGAAUUCAGUUCUCAUUCUAAGUUCCUGGCUAGUGAACAACAGCUUUUACCUGUAUUUACUGUGGAAGGGCUGGAGCCUUAUGCCUUCUUUAAUCUCUCUGUCACUCCUUAUACGUACUGGGGAAAAGGCCCCAAAACAGCUCUGUCACUUCGAGCACCUGAAACAGUUCCGUCGGCACCACAGAACCCUAGGAUAUUUGUAUUACCAAGCAGAAAAUACCAUAACCAGAAUGAAGUUGUGGUGGAAUUUCGAUGGAAUAAGCCUAAGCAUGAAAAUGGUGUGUUUACAAGAUUUGAAAUUUUCUACCAAAUAUCCAACCAGACAGACACAAAUGAAACUUUUGAAGACUGGAUCGCUAUCAGUGCGGCUCCCCCGGAGAUGUCUUUUCAGCUUGAACGCAUGAGUCCUGGGUACACGGUCGCCUUCCAGGUUCGAGUCUUCACAUCCAAAGGACCUGGACCAUUUUCUGAAAUAGUAAAGUCCAAAACAUCAGAAAUCAUCCCAUUUCCAUACCUCAUAACUCUUUUUGACAGCAAGAUAGUGUUAUUAGAUAUGGAUCAAAAUCAAAUUGUAUGGACGUUUUCAACAGAAAGAGACAUCAGUAGCAUGGGCUACACAGCUGAUGAUGGAAUGGGGUAUUAUGCUCAAGGAGACUCACUCUGCCUUCUGAAUAUGCACAACAGGUCCACUUCUGAGAUUUUCCGAGAUACACUGGUUUUUGAUAUCACAAUUAUUACAAUUGACUGGAUUUCAAGGCAUCUCUACUUUGUGCGAAAAGCAUCACAAAAUGGAAUGCAAAUAUUUGAUGUUGAUCUUGAACACAAGGUGAAAUACCCCAGAAAGCUGAAAAUUUGUAAUAGAAAUUCAACAAUAGUCUCUUUUUCAGUAUAUCCUCUUUUAAGUCGCCUGUAUUGGACAGAAGUUUCCGAUUUUGGCUCUCAGAUGUUCUACUACAGUAUUAUCAACCAGACCUUGAGUCACAUUCUUCCACCCAUAGCUACAAACCAUUCAAAUGGAAGGAGUCGGUGUUUUUGUGGUGUUUCCCAAUUUGAGUUUAGUGGAACAAUGACGAUUGAUACCUCUGACCUAAAGAAACCGCAGAUAUAUUUUGUCAAAGGGCAAGAGAUCUGGGCCAUGGAUCUGGAAGGAUGUCGGUGUUGGCAAGUUCUCACGGUGCCCACUCUGCUUGCAGGAAAAACACCUGAAAGCUUAACUGUGGAUGGGGAAUUUCUAUACUGGAUCUCCUCGGCGAAGGACCGCACACAGAUUUAUCAAGCAAAGAAAAGCAAUGGGGCCAUUGUCUCUCGGGUGAAGGCCGAAAGGAGUAAGCGUAUCUUGGCUUACAGUUCAGUUCUGCAGCCUUUUCCAGAUAAAGCAUUACUGCAUCUAGCUUCAGAUAUAGCAGAGCCAACUAUACUUAACACCACUAACACCAGCCUCACAAUCAGAUUAUUGCCCACCAGGACCAACCUCUCGUGGCCCGACAUCACCAGACCUACUCCAACAUACCUGGUUUAUUACAAAGAAGUUAAUGACGGGAAAACCAGCUCUGAGCUGGAAUAUAAAAUGCUGGAGUUUCAGGAGAGGAUAGUCCUUAUUGAUGGUUUACAACCAUUUUCAACAUAUGUGAUACAGACAGCGAUAAAGAAUUAUUAUUCAGACCCUGUGGAACGGUUACCUCUGGGAAAAAAGAUUUGGGGAAAAACUAAAAGUGGAGUGCCUGAGGCAGUUAGGCUCAUUAACACGACUGUGCAGUCAGACACCAGCCUCCUUAUAUCCUGGAGAGAAUCUCACAAGCCAAAUGGACCUAAAGAGUCAGUCCGCUAUCAGUUGGCAAUCUCACAUCUGCCUCUAAUUCCAGAGACCCCUCUAAGACCAAGUGAAUAUCCAAAUGGAAGACUCGCUCUCCAUGUUACUAGACUGUCCGGUGGGAAACUGUAUGUGUUAAAGGUUCUGGCCUGCCAUGCUGAGGAAAUGUGGUGUGCUGAGAGUCAUCCUGUCGCUGUCAAAAUGUUUGACACACCGGAGAAACCGUAUGCCUUGGUUCCAGAGAACACUAGUUUGCAAUUAGAUUGGAAGGCUCCAUCUGAUGUUAACCUCACCAGAUUUUGGUUUGAACUCCAGAAGUGGAAAGACAAUGAGUUUUCCCGUGUUAACGCUUCAUGCAUCCAAGGCCUGGCUUACGUGUGUAACAUCACAGAUCUACAGCCUUACACGUCCUAUACCGUCCGCGUAGUGGUGGUUUAUAGGACAGGAGAAAAUAGUACCUCACUCCCAGAAAGCUUUAAGACAAAAGCUGGAGUCCCAAGCAAACCAGGCAUUCCAAAAGUAUUAGAAGGGAGCAAAGAUUCAAUACAGUGGGAAAAAGCUGAAGAUAACGGAAGCGGGCUUAUGUACUAUAUCCUUGAGAUCAGAAAGGGCAUUUCAAAUGAUUCACAGAACCAGAAUUUAGUGUGGAAGAUGGCAUUUAAUGGAUCCUGCAGUAGUAUUUGCACAUGGAAGUCCAAAAACCUGAAAGGAAGAUUUCAGUUCAGAGUAGUAGCUGCAAAUAAUCUGGGAUUUGGUGAUUACAGUGGAAUCAGUGAGGAUAUUCUGUUAGUUGGAGAUGGUUUUUGGAUACCAGAAACAAGCUUUGUACUUACUAUUAUAAUUGGAAUAUUUCUGGUUGUUACAAUCCCAGUGGUCUUUGUCUGGCACAGAAAAUUAAGGAAUCAAAAAACUCCCAAGGAAGGGCUGACGGGUCUCAUAAACGAAGACAAAGAGUUGGCUGAGCUCCGUGGUCUGGCACCUGGAAUAGGGCUGGCUAAUGCCUGCUAUGCCAUACAUACUCUUCCAACCCAAGAGGAGAUUGAAAGUCUUCCUGCCUUCCCUCGGGAAAAACUGACUCUGCGCCUCUUGUUGGGAAGUGGGGCCUUUGGAGAAGUGUAUGAAGGGACAGCAGUGGACAUCUUAGGAGCCAGAAGUGGAGAAACCAAAGUAGCAGUGAAGACUUUGAAGAAGGGCUCCACAGACCAGGAGAAGAUUGAGUUCCUGAAAGAGGCACAUCUGAUGAGCAAGUUUAACCAUCCCAACAUUCUGAAGCAGCUUGGAGUUUGUCUGCUGAACGAACCUCAAUACAUUAUCCUGGAACUGAUGGAAGGAGGAGACCUUCUUACCUAUUUGCGUAAAGCCCGGAUGACAAAGUUUCACGGUCCUUUACUCACCUUGGUUGACCUCGUAGAUCUGUGUGUAGAUAUUUCAAAAGGUUGUGUCUACUUGGAGCAGAUGCACUUCAUUCACAGGGAUCUGGCAGCUCGGAAUUGCCUUGUCUCUGUGAAAGACUAUACCAGUCCAUCACGGGUAGUGAAGAUUGGGGACUUUGGACUCGCGAGGGACAUCUAUAAAAAUGAUUACUAUAGAAAGACAGGGGAAGGCUUACUCCCCGUUCGGUGGAUGGCUCCAGAAAGUUUGAUGGAUGGAAUAUUCACUACUCAAUCUGACGUAUGGUCUUUUGGAAUUCUGAUUUGGGAGAUUUUAACUCUUGGUCAUCAGCCUUAUCCAACUCAUUCCAACCUUGAUGUUUUAAACUAUGUGCAAACAGGAGGGAGACUGGAGCCACCGAGAAAUUGUCCUGAUGAUCUGUGGGAUUUAUUGACCCAGUGCUGGGCUCAAGAACCUGACCAAAGACCUACUUUCCACAAAAUUCAAGACAAGCUUCAGUUAUUCAGAAAUGUUUCCUUAAAGAGUAUUUCUCAAUGCAGAGAAGAAGCAGACCCCAGUGGAGUCAUAAAUGAAGGCUUUGAAGAUGAAGAUGGCAGUGUGAUCUGUUUGAAUUCAGGUGAUGUUAUGUCAAUAGCCUUAAUGGAAACCAAGAACCAAGAAGGCUUAAACUAUAUGGUACUUGCCACAGGUUGUAGCCAAGGUGAAGAAAAUUCUGAGGGUCCUCUAGGCUCCAAGGAAUCUGAAUCUUGUGGUCUGAGGAAAGAAGAGAAGGAACCACAUGCGGACAAAGAUCUCUGCCAAGAAAAACAAGUGGCUUACUGCCCUCCUGGCAAGCCUGAAGGCCUGAACUAUGCCCGUCUCACUCAUAGUGGAUAUAGAGAUGGGUCUGAUUAAUAGCUCUGUUUGGGAAAUGCAGAGUUGAGAUAAACACUCCCAUUAAGUAGUUACUGAAAGAAAACCCUAGUAGAAUGAAAGAUGUGGUGGUACUCUAUGACUCCAAAUUAACACCGAAAAGUUCCUGACUUCCUGAAUUCUUGGUUCCAAGAGCCAUUUGAUUUCAGUUGUGACAAUCCCCAUAACAACUGC